CCGGCGUUGAAACUUUUCCGUUGCACUUUGAAUAGACACACAUCACACUGCCAAGACUAACCAUCAGUAUGCGAGAGGCGCACUGUUAUGAGCAUACCUGAUGCGAACGGUGGGUAUGACAGUGGAAGCUCCACCACAGCAAAGGGUGAGCAGCAAAGUCCUACCAACCGCGUGGUGUAUUUGAAGCAAGGCCUCAUGCUCCACAAUGCGUGUGCCUCCGAUAGGCGCACUGUAUUGGAAAACAAAAGCAACGGCAUGAAGACGUCGGAGAGAAGCAAGUUUGCCACAAAUGGAAAGAUGGCCUGCUGGGUGCACCAGUGUCCGACAAUAAUGAGGCUGGACUGUUUCCACUCGGUGAGGCCUACUCAAUUUCCCUUUGUCGCGGACAGAGCACAUGGCCAUAAGUGGGCGGCUACGGAGCUAGGCGAGACCGGCGGUGGCUUGUGCGAGCAAUCGUUCACUGACCUUCUUCGUUCGGGGUUGAGCGGCGAUGAAGGAGACGGCAGUGUCAACCUGUCUUUCGGUCUAUCCACCGGGCGGUCGUCAACUCCAUCGCGCACGCUUCUCGUGAACCCCCACCCCGACAACGACGGUGGGCAAUUGACAGUUGUGGACCGGCCAUCGAAGACGAGAGCGUUGGCGUGGGAGGCGACGGGUGCGAACCCGAACCCGUCGAUGCAGGCAGCACGGGCGCCGUCUCUUUCCAGGGGCGCAUCAGGUCGGCCCCAGUGGGUGCAGUUGCCGUCUCCCCUGUCUGCGGCGUCCAGCGUGGCCCGCCGUCGCGACGACGGCGUCGACACUGAAACCGCCUUCUUUGACGUUGGUGACGACAGGGACGGGAGGGAGGUGUGGGCGGAGCAGCGACGGGACGUUCGGGCGGGGCGAGAGGAAUCCAUCAGAUGGGGGGUGGAGUGGCUUCCUGUGGCGGAUCAGGAAAAGGACACGGACACAACACAUGCGGAAGGAGACGAUAACAAUGACAACGACAACGACGGAGAAGGCGGGAAGGGGGAGAGCGGUUACGUCUCGCCGUUCAGGCAUAAGGACAUGGCAGGUAGGGGCGGGAAGACGAAGGCUUCCUGCCGCAAUGCUCGUCCUUGGGGGAAGAAGGCACAAGGGAAGGGGAGCAAUGGCGACGGCGACGGUGGUGCGGAGGAAAAGCGUAACUUCUGGUCGGUCGAGCACAUUAUAGCCCUCAUAAGGGCUAAACGUGACCAAGAUGUGCAUAUGGAGGGGAUGGGCCACGCGUACGCUCGGAUGAAGCCGCGGGAAUGGAAGUGGCAAGACGUCGCUCAGAGGUUGAAGAACAUGGGCGUGGACAGGGAAGCCGACAAGUGCGGGAAGAAGUGGGACAAUCUCAUGCAGCAGUUCAAGAAAGUCCAUCAUUUCCAAACACCGUCUGGGGGGCAGGACUUCUUCCAGUUGAAUGGGAAGAAGAGGGCGAACAGGGGGUUCAAUUUCAAUAUGGAUCGUGCGGUUUACGACGAGAUAGAGGGGUCGACCGGGAAGAACCAUACCAUCUACCCCAAGAACGUCGCCGACACUGGUGCUUCUAGCGGUGUGCGUAUGCCUACGGCAGCGUCUCCGGAUCCUGAAUCAGUUGUUGAUGGGGAUGACGGUGUGGGGCGCGAUGACGACGAGGAGGGGUCGAUGCGAGGUUCUUCCCAAACGACGGGUAGUCCCGACGGUUUCGGGAAGAGGACGAGCACAAGGCAGCCGACUUUCGAGGCGAUGACAGAAUGCAUGGAGAAGCACGGGGCGCUCAUGGCGUCGAGGAUGGAGAGUGCAAGCAGCAAUGCUCCAUCCAGAAUGGGCUGCGUUCUCACCUUAUUGUCGCCUUCUCCCCGUGUACCAUUCUCGUCGUCCACCCUUCUCGUCGUACUAUCACCUUCUCGCCAUAUUGUCGCCUUCUCCCCGUCCACCCUUCUCGCCAUACUGUCGCCUUCUCGCUGUGUACCAUUCUCGCCGUCCACCCUUCUCGCCGUGCUAUUGCCUUCUCGCCAUACUCUCGCCUUCUCGUCGUCCACCCUUCUCGCCAUAUUGUCGGCUUCUCGCCGUGUACCAUUGUCGUCGUCUACCCUUGUCCCCGUGCUAUCGCCUUCUCGGCGCCUACCCUUCUCGUCGUCGUCAUGCCUGCAAGACGAGUGGGUGGGGAAGGAGCCGAGGAACAACGAGGACGACGACUUCGAAGAAGAGGAAGAAUCGCUGAAGAGGAAGCCAAGGGGGAAGACCGCGGGGGUGGUCAAAAUCAACGAGGGGGGAAAGGAGACACCUGGUCAACAGCACGGCGGUGGAGGCAGCGCGGGUGCAGAGGCUGAUGUCAUCUUAGUCAAACGCGACGUGGCAUGCAGGGAGAUCGCGGGUUGUCCGAAGGACGGGGCCGUUGCGCAAGACACUGCGCAGCGCCCGCAGACGCCAGUGAACCGCCGCAACCCCCCACCUGCAAACGUGGUCGGGAGUUCGCAAGUGCCAUCCCAAGGGAACGCGGUGCGCUCUUCUGCAUACGAGGCGCGCGGCGGCGGUGUCGAGGCGGCGCAAGACGCGGGGGAAGGUGUGAGGGCAGGGGAUGGUGGUCCCAUUGGGGAAGACGACGAGGCGCUGGUGCACAGGCUGCGCGCGCCACGUGAGUCGUCACAUGCAAUGCAGGGAGCCGCCAAACUUUGGGAGGAUGACAUGUGUUUCUGGAACGAGACGCAAGGGAAUGCCAUUGUGAAGAUCAUUAAGGAAGCGCGCACGCAUCUCGUGGGAGUGGCGCGGGGAGUGCAGCCUCCGGCUGUGUGGAGCAGCAUCGCCCUUCCGCACAACACCAUCCCGCAGCACAAAAUAGAAGACGAAUCGGAGUUGAAUGCGGCGAAGGAGAGGGCGGUGAAGGUGCAAACAAUCGCGUUGAGGGUUAUCCACGGAUGGAUCUUCAAGUCGGAGAGCAGACAGAGGGGGCGGGGCGGCUGCUUGUCGGCAGGCGGCAGGGGGACCACUGCAUACGGGGCAAGGAAGGAGCCUCGGAGGCGAUUGAAAGCUUCUCGUAGCAUGGCCUGGAAAAAGUUGAUUCUUGUCGGACCGAUGGAAGUGAAUGUCUGGACGACCGGCUCCAAUGGCCUCACCGAGAUGUGCGGGGUGAUUCCCGAGAUUAACGACGCAAAGAAGAAACUCACGUUCGACAGGGCAAACAUUACGGAGUUUCUGAUAGACUAUGAGAACCUAGCAACCUUACUGAAAUGGACGGAAGAGGAAAAGAUGGAGCACCUAGGGCAGCACGUGUCGCUAAGCUUGGGAAGGGACAUUAUGGCCAUCGUCGCCUCCAGUGGAUCCUGGAAAGAAAGUAGGAAUGAGAUGAUGAGGAAAUAUCUGAAGGCAGAAAAAAUGGCAACAGAGGCCGAAUUAGCCGCAGUCAAGAGGAAAAACUAUGCGACUUACAACGAUUUCCUAAUGACAUUUACGUUAAAGGCGUUGCGAAUUCCCAGAGUAACGGACCGCAUAAUGAGUAAAUACUUCCUCAGGCAGUUCUCCGAGUUUGACAAUGAUAAAAUUAUGUCAGCAUACCAGCAGACCAGUAAGUUCGAGCACAAAAGAGAUAUGGACUUCAACACCGUAACAGACCUUGCGGAAAAGACAGUGGUCACCGAGACACUAGCCCUGCUUAAGGAAGGGGAGGUCAUAGAUUUGACCGGGAAGACAGGGGAUAAGGUCAAGAAGGGGAUAGAGAGCUUGCACGAAUGGGUGCACGGGGUUGACAGCAAGAUGGACAGAAUGGAAAAUGCACUGUUAGUAAUGCAGGCGCAAGUGUCCAGACCCGCCCUCCCACCCCAAGAGGCCGUGGUUCCGGCAGCUGUAGCAAACCGGGGGUUUGGCAGGAGGGACCCAGCCAACGAACAAUGCAAGUAUUGCACCAUGAUCGGACAUUUCGUACGGGCCUGUCCGAGGCUCAAUCACGAUAUCGAGCGGCAGAGGUCCAGUAGGUCCCUCAAAGGCGAGAUCCUCGGACCCAGGGGGGAGCGUGUGAAUUGGAACUCGCCAGGAGGAAUGCGGCGAGCCGUCAUCCUCCUGAAUAACUUAGAGAUAGUUGCCGUAGAAGCAGAGCCGAUAGCCGACAUUGUCUGGGACCAGCCAAGGGGACGGGGACCACAGGCCAAUUUUAUCCUAGAAGGCAAUGACCAGGAUAGGGUAAAUAUUACCACUCGUCGGGCCGGGGCAGAAAAUAAGCUUAUUCAAGAUACAGUAAUGGAGGAACUCGUAGGGACUAGCACGGGUCAGCAAGAGACCGAAGCCGCAGAACAAGAGAAGGUCUAUGGGAAGCCAAGGGAGGACGAACCGGUAGACAAGACUACGACCGCAAAAAAAAAGUUCAGGUAUCAAAUUUCGAUCCUGACUUCGCCAGAAAUCGAUGGCACCUUGAGUAAGCUACUGGGUACCAUGGUAUCGGUGUCUUUUCAGACCAUGCUGCAAGCCAGCCCAAGGUUGCUUAAAGGACUCAGGCAGUUGCUAACGCGUAAGCACGUAGAGGUAGAGGAGGCCCCGGAACUGCAAGAGCAGGACACGGAGGAGGCCGAGGCGCCGCAAGGAGUCCCCAACCUCAAAAGCAUUCCAGGGGGUCUGGGAGAGUUGGAGAAAGCCUUUGCGGACAUCCGCCUAAGCCUACCGGAUCAUGAAGGUGGCGAAGUCAUGAGGGCGCCACUCGGGACAAAGCUUAGCUUUCAUGCAUUACCAGUUGGGAAACUUAAAGUUCAAAUCGGAACUCACCACACUAACGCGUUAGUGGACGGCGGAGCAGAAAUCACCCUCAUACGAUGGGAUUUCGCAACGGUCACGGGGUGCACGGUAAACAAGGAAGUAGUAGGGAGUAUCCGGGGAGCAGGUGGCAAAAUUCGUUUCACAGGGUAUGUAACCAAAUGUGCAGUCAGGGCGGGAAUCCGGGAAUCCAUCUGGUCCUUUCAGCGGAUGACCGUGAUGGAAGAAAUGGAUUACGACGUAAUCCUCGGGAGACCGUGGUGCGCCAAUGUGGAAAUGAUAGGAAUGCAUCUGCACGACGACACAUACAUGGUAGACAUAAAGGACCCGGUGACCGGCCGCGGGGAACUCCUCCGACUUCUUGGGACCGGAGGAGACCCUCCGAAGGGCAAAUUGGCAACCUGGUUUCCAACAUUCGAAGCGCGGAAGGGGGCAUUCGCACGAAUGGAAGGCAUGAGGGAAAGGGUAGAAAUUAUGAUCGAGGAGGCUUUUAGUAAAAAGGAAUGGAUCAAGAUGGGUCUGCCCAUAAAGAAGAGAAGGCCUGAGGACGAGUCCCUGGGGGUUAUGGUGGCGGAAAAGGAGCAGGAAGUUGAACUUGGGGCCAGCCUGCCCAAGCCAAAGGAAGGCCGUAACGAGACCCCCGAGCUAGCGCUCGAAAUCCCAGACCUGUUGCACAAAGUGGGGGUGGACCCAACAACGCUUGCCAAGUUUGAGGAUGAGGUUCGAAAAGGCUACUGCCUGAAUGGGAAGAUAGUUAGCAUUCAGCCCCAAGGCAGUGUGCGAAAAUACAAACCGGUAGGAAAGAAGACCAAGCUGGUCUCGAUCCUAGUAGAAACAUCAAAGGAAGAGGCCAUGGAGAAAGAGGAGGAGAUCCUAAAGGUUAUAAGGGAGAGACGCGCAACGGAAGGGGAUCGCAUACCAAAUGAGGUAGCAGAUACCAUGAAAAUAGGAGUGGAAGGGUUUCUAACAGCAGAAGAAACUCAAUUGAUAAGAAAGGCAUGCCAGGAGUUUCAUUUAGCUUUCGCUUUCAACGAUCAUCAGAAAAGGCGAUUGGACGCAAAGCUAGUUCCCCCUGUCAGGAUCCACACCGUACAGCACGAGUGUUGGAAUGAUAAAGGGCCCGCCUAUGAGUUUGGGAUAGCAGCGGAGGUCACCGACCUGCUUAGAGUUAAGAUAGAUUCUUUCGUGGCUAAACCCACCGCAUCCCCCUACGCGAACAAGUGGUUUGUGUUCAGGAAGCCCAAUAAGACGCUCAGGUGGAUCCAGAACCUGCAGAAGCUCAAUGCGGUAACAAUCAGGGACGCAGGCUCGCUUCCACAGAUCGACUUGUUGGCAGAAUCUCAUGCGGGGCGGAGUAUUUACUCCCUGGUAGACUUGUACUCAGGAUAUGAUCAGUUGCCGCUCGAUGUGAGGGAUAGACCGUACACCGCAAUGCACACCCCUGUAGGGCAGCUGCAGAUGCAAGUGACCUCUAUGGGCUUUACAAAUGCGGUAGCAGAGGCGCAGAGAAGGAUGCUCGCCGUCGCAGGGGAUAUAUUUUCGAAAAAGUGUGAACCGUAUAUAGAUGAUAAUCCCGUAAAAGGCGCAAGGUACAAGGACGAGACGGAGGUCGAGCCGGGCGUCAAGCGAAUUGCAGGCCUUCGAAAUAGGGCAGAUGGGCUGAGCAGGGUAUGUAUCACGCUAGAAGGGGUAGAGGACGCGGAACCAAUUGACGCCUUCCUGGAGUACGAAGGAGGGACCCUUGUUGUGGAUAAUGAGAUGGCAGAUCCAGCAAUUACAACAGGUCAGUUGCCGAUUCAAACCUUGGGAAAGGGCACACCUGCAGUGGUUGCAGAACUCAGGGAAGGACCAGUCACCACGGUCAGGCGUAAAGAGGGGAAGGACUCGUGGGGAGCAGAAGUAGGGGCCAGGGAAGAAUUGAUGCCGAUGACCGUGGAAGGGGGACGGGACGCCGUAAUGAUGUUGGCCGAAACCUGGGCGCAAAAGGAGUGUCAGUACCUAGUCAACCUCACUCGGGAAGAGCAGGGUACGGAUAAGAACGAACAGGAAUUCGUCCUCAUACAGAUGCUAGAUGACGAUCCACACUUGAGCACGGAAGAGUUAAUCACCGCACGUCGUCAGCAGGUCGCCAGGAAUGAGGAGGCACUCGAGGAAGUAGUCAAUCGUGUGACGGACAACCGAAUGAGAGAUAAAGCAAGAUGGGACCAGGCCGGAAGAGGGACAAUCGUCAAGGCAAGCUGGAGAGUCAAGCUCCAGGAAAAGAAGUUGUAUGUGGGGUUCGAUCACAACCUAGUUGUGAAUAGGGGGGGUAGAAAGCAAGGAACCAGAGGGCCGUCACCACUAAAGGAAGGGGAGCCAAUAGAGCUGCCUUCAGACGGUGAUCAUAGUAGUAAGGAAGAGGGGAACCCAGAGGAAGGACAACGGCCGGGAGAGAGUGAGCCCGUUGAGUUCAUUGACCUCACCAACGACGAGGAGGAAGAUGAGGUAACAACGCCCACAAGGGAAGAUCGGGGAAGAGAGGAGGAUCCAGGGGAAGAAAAGGACCCAUGAAAAAGAGAAUUCGGGCCAACUUUCAGCGAUUGGUUCGAUCAAUAGGCCAGUAUUUUGCGUUAUCAGUGGGCUAUGAAGGGCAAGGAAAAGUUGAACAGGGGAGAAGACAUAUCCCCAACAACCUUCUUUUCAGAAGAAAUGCUUCGUCAUCUACAGACGAUAAAGAGGCUAAUGGAGC